AAGUACCCUUAAUAGCAUCUGUGUCGUUACAUGUUUGCCGAUGCAAAGGGUAUGUGGUGCGCUCUCCACCGAGCUGAUUAUUGUAUCAUCUCCAUUGAGCUUGUGUCUUGUCGCUUGUCAGAAGGGUGCCUUCCCCAACGAGCCGACAAUGCGGAUACACUGAUCCGAAUAUCUGCACCAGCUUCAGACCGCAUGUUAUGCUUUGCCAACGAGGGCAAAUACAGCAUUUACACGUGACGCUCCUAUUCCGUCGCCGAGAUAAGGCUUCGGUACCCAAGAGCAUCUCCGCGGACGUCCUCGCCUUAUGUGUUUACAGCUGCAAUGACGCCAGCUCCAGCGAUCGUUAUCAGUGUCCAGGGGCGCUUGCAUACCGCAAACGAACCAGUGCUUCAAGAUCGGAUAUCCUCAUGCAUGUAUUCGCAAGUGGCUGACGUUGGGUGCAUGACUCGCAUUUUCCCCCGGAUCGGUCGAUGAGUCCUCUCGUUCUCCCUGCCCGAUUAGGCUUUAACGUCUGCCCGUGAACAAUGUGGGUUCGGAUCCAUUCUGUGCGCUACCUCAGUAGAUUGCCUCGGUUGCGGUCAUAGACCGUUCCUGCGUGUGUAGCGCAGUACUGAAAGCGGCUAUGCGUUUAGUUGUUCUAAUCCUUCAACUGCUGGUAGUAGCGACGAUGACAGCAUGCUGCGCAGCAACCGCUGUGGGGAUGUCGCCGACUGAAGUCUCCAAUACUAUGACAUGACGGAUAUGCUAGUCCAGUCUCCAUCUUACGGAUUGUGCAGCGAUUCUGGCAGGCGCAUGUAUCUUGACCAGCGGAGCAGCCUAUGCUGUAAGCGAUGUUCCCAAGGACAUUGUCAGAGCUAAG